UAUCAUGGAGGAAGUGGAGGACAAUAUGGAGGACACUUGGGAGGAGGCGGAGGAUAUUUUGGAGGUGGAUUUCCAUAUCCUUUCCCUUUCCCAUUCCCUCCUUUUCCAGUAAUGGCUCCACCUACCACCACGUCUCCACCUUCCACCACAUCUGCAUCUUCCACCACGUCCAUGCCUUCAACCACAGUGUGUCCUACUCCCGGGAAUUGCUUAAGCUUCUCAGAAUGUGAAGAAGGGCAGGAAUGCUGUGACCUCCAAGUUGGAACCGAAGAGUUUUACGAGUGUUGUAAUUCGCAUGGCUGCUGCCCCAUGUGCCCCUGCCCAACGUGUCGGAGCACAAGUAAAUGUAGGAAUGGUAAGGGCGUCUGUAAAGUGACUUCCGCAUGCGCCGACGAUGAGGUGGAGAUCAAGAGAGGUUGCAGGGGAGCAGAUUGCAAAUGCUGUGCCAAAGAGGAAGUUGUUCCGGACUGCGAAGGAGCGCUUGCAUGCUGUGGGAUUGAGCCAGGAACUGGAGACUUCUUCGAGUGCGUCAGGAACUACCACUGCGUGCCUGUUUGUCCUCCAACAGGUCUGUGA